AUGGAUCCCACGCUGCUAAUUGGCGAUAUCGUCGAGCGAGACCAAAAGGUUGCCAAACCUGUCGAGUUCCCUUCGGGCUCCGUCUCCUCGACCGGAUUUCCUCAGCACAAAAGGCGAUGGAAGCCUUCGGCGUUCAAGCAGCAGCGAAAUGGCGGUCCCUCAAACGAGCCAUCGACGUCACAGCCGAAGCAAUCACAGCAGCAAGACCAGUCGCUAAGCUUUGACGAAGCUGAGAGACGGCGCAUAGAUAACGAGAACCAGCAAAAGAUUAGUGACAUGACACCGCAAGAGAUUUCACAGGCGCAAGAGGAUAUCAUGAAGGGUCUGAACCCGGCGCUUAUACAACGCCUGCUCCAGAGAGCUACCAUUGAUGAGCCCGACGCAAAUUCGCCGUUCAACAUACCGGAGCCCCAGAAACCAGAGGCUACUCCAUCGCCUUCGCCUCCCGAAAUCCGCGUCGAUGAUUUGUCAAAAGCUGUUACCGUUGAAGACGAUACUGCAGAGACGGUCGAGCCAGAAUCAAAACCCAAACCCACAACUGCUCCCGCAGCUGCCAUCCAGGCCAAGUCAACCAAGAAAAUCGCUGACAACUACGAUGAAGAUCGUGCACCAUCCCAAAUCCCGCCCGACCUCUUCCCAAUCACUGAUCUCCCAAAAUCAACUCAUUUUCCCGUCCCGCCGAGCCUCCCGGACUUAAAUCCUUCCGAUCCUAAUUUCCUCGCCACUCUUCACGAGAAAUACUUUCCCAAUCUCACUGCCGACCCCAGCAAGCUGGCUUGGAUGGCACCAAUUCCUACUGAAGAUAGUCCUGCCGACAAAGACUCAUCGUACUAUCCCCAUCCCGAGAUCAGCGUUUCGGCCCUGCGAUUCGACUUCCGUGGACGCUUCCUUUCGCCGCGAGUUAGCCGGUCGAUUCCCUCGUCUAUUGGACUGCAUCAUCACGGAGAAGCCCCCGAAGCCGCCGGCUACACUAUUGCGGAACUUGCUAGACUGGCAAGAAGUGCCGUCCCUGCGCAGCGCUGCAUAGCAUUCCAAACUCUGGGCCGCAUUCUGUAUCGGCUGGGGCGCGGUGAAUGGGGAACCACGUUGAACCACCCCAUUGCCAUGGGAGUUUGGACCGCCAUAAAGGAGGGGCGGGUGCUGGAGAGUCUAACUGAGGCGAGCAUGGGCGAGGGCGGCCACAGGGGCAGCCGGGCGUACGCCGUGGAAGCCCUGUGGUUAUUCGAAAAAGGCGGAUGGCGGGAGAAGCUGCAGGUGAGGUAG